GUCGCGUGGAGCGGUCUAACCAUCCAAACCGUAGAGGCCUCACAUGAUCGUGUCGCCUUCAACACAUUCAAAAUGAGCCAAUUCUAUAUCCCAGACUCCCGCACCGAGUCCGCCCUCAACUCUUCCGAUGAAGACGAAGACAACCUCGACACAUUACCGUUUGCGAAGCCACUACAACGCUCAGACUUCCUCCAACCAGACUUCACGCCGAGCGCCUACCUCUCGACCCUCUCCAACCGGCACCAAACGCUCGAAGACCUGCGCUCGGAAUUGCGCUCGAGAUCCCAGCUCCUGAGCAGAGAGCUCCUCGAUCUGGUGAACGCAAAUUAUGCCGACUUCCUGACACUGGGCAACAGCUUACGAGGAGGCGAAGAAAAAGUCGAGGGCGUCAGGGUAGGGUUGCUGGGUUUUGGGAAGGAGGUGCAGCAAUUAGAAGCGUUGGUCAGGCAGAGAGAGGAGGAAGUUGGGCGGUUAGUGGAAGAGAGGAGACAAGCGAGGUUGAAGAUUGAGAUUGGGAGACGGUUGGUGGAGGUUGAGGAGCGGUUGAGGGAGUGUGAGGAGGACGUUGCUGUUAGUGGGCAGAGGGAGGGGGAUCUGAGUGAUGACAGUAGUGAGAGCGAGGAUGAGGAGGAGGAGGGGGAGGGGGAGGGGGACGCACAGUAUGGGACGAGCACUGCGAGGUUGAGGAGGAAUGUUGUGCAGUAUAGGCUAGUCAAGGAGGCGGUCAAGGGGCUGGAAGAGCAUCCGUUUGUUGUGGCGCAGACACCGAGGUUGAACAAGGUGCGUAGUACGUUGCUGCUUGACUUGAGCACGGCGCUGCAGCAAGCGAAAAGGGCAGGGACGGAUGGAUCGGGGAGGGUGAUGCAGAUUAUGAAGAUAUAUGCUGAUAUGGAGGAGUCAGGGGAGGCGGUCAAGGUGCUCAAGACACUGAAGACGAGAUGA